UUGUCUUGUAGAAUCAUCAUGGUGAAGUACACAGUGAAAGUGUUUACUGGAGAAAUGCUGCUUGCCGGCACACUGAACAGUGUCUACGUCAAACUGGUCGGCACAAAGGGAGAGAGUGAACGCAUGUACAUCCCUAAAACCGCCAGCCAAGGAUCUGUAAGUAAAAAAAUAAAAUACACCGUGCUCAAUCACUUCUCCUUGGGCAAUCUGGAGUUUGUGGUACUGGAUACAGAGCCAUACUGCCUGCUCGGCUACAUCAAAAAUGACUGGUUCUGCUCUAAAGUUGUGGUGACCACACCAGAAGGAGACACGGCCAACUUCCCCUGUUACCGCUGGAUCUCAGGCUAUGUGCCGCUGAUGAUCAGAGAGGGCACUGGUAAGCUAAUAUUCAAUGAGACCUGCCCAGAAGCCAUAGAGGAGAGAAAGAAGGAGCUGCAGAGUCGCUGUGAGGUGUACCGCUGGAGUAAAUAUGCAGAGGGUCUACCCCAAAUAAUGAAAGUUGCCAGCGCUUCUGAUCUCCCUGCUGAGGUCCGCUUCUCUUUCACCAAGGACUUGGAGAUCAAGUUCACAGCAGCCAAAGUAUUAACUAAUCUGAACCUAGCAGGACUGUCCACCAACAAGGAGCAAUGGAAAAGCCUAGAUGAACUCAGUCACGUCUUCAAUAGCCGCAAGACUGAUGUUUAUGACUAUGUCGAAAAGAACUGGAAGGAGGAUGAGUUUUUUGGGUACCAGCUUCUGAACGGCAUCAACCCCAUGAUGAUCCAUCGCUGCUCCAAGCUUCCAGAGAACUUCCCCGUCACAGAAGACAUGGUGAAGGCUUCCCUUUUUGGAAAAAGCCUUGAAGCGGAAAUUCUGAAAGGCAACGUCUUCCUGGUUGACUACAAGCGCCUGCAUGGAGUGACUGCAAACGUGAUCAACGGGAAACAGCACUUCUUGGUUGCUCCUCUCUGCUUGCUCUACAUGACUCCAGAAGAUAAGCUCAUGCCCAUCGCAAUCCAGCUGAAGCAGGAUCCUGGAGAAGACAACCCCAUCUUCCUUCCUACUGACUCUAAGUAUGACUGGCUCCUGGCCAAGAUCUUUGUGAGGAACGCUGACUUCGCUGAACAUGAGCUGAACUUUCACCUACUGAGGACUCACCUGCUGGCUGAGGUGUUUGCCAUGUCGACACUGCGUAACCUACCAAUGGUCCAUCCCCUCUACAAGCUCCUGAUCUCUCACUUCCGCUACACUCUGCAGAUCAACACUCUGGCUAGACAGGCCCUCAUAUCAGAGAAUGGGGUGAUCACAAAGAAUGCUGGUGUAGGAGGUUCAGGGAUGAUGGAGUUUCUGAAGAAAGCAGUGGCCUCAUUGACCUACAGCUCCCUCUGUAUGCCGGAGGACAUCACUACACGCGGUCUGGAGUCAAUCCCCAACUUCCUCUACAGGGAUGACGGACUCAGGUUGUGGGACAUCGUCCACAGGUUUGUUCAGAAAAUGAUUGGUCACUACUACACCUGUGACUCAGACAUCCAGAAGGACUCUGAACUGCAGAACUGGAUCAAGGAGAUCUUCUUCUAUGGGUUCCUGGCAGAAACCAGCACAGGAAUCCCUCAGUCUUUCAGUUUGGUGACAGAGCUAGUCAAGUUUAUCACCAUGGUGAUCUUCACAGUGUCUGUCCAACAUGCUGCAGUCAAUAGUGGACAGUUUGAUUUUGGCGGCUGGAUGCCCAACUCCCCCAUCGCUCUGCAACGUCCACCUCCCACCACUAAGGGGCAGUGUACUGAGAGCACCAUGCUGAAGACCUUCCCUGACAUCAAUACCACCGACCAUGGUAUGGUCACAGCGUACCUUCUGAGCAAGCAGCCCACUGACUUUGUCGCUCUUGGAAAUGGCUAUCAGGAUCACUUCAGCGAGAAGGCCCCUCUGCAACUGAUUCACAAAUUUCAAGAUGAGCUGAAGAAAUACAACGUUGAAAUCCAACACAGGAAUGUCUCUUUGCCCUUGCCGUACACCUACCUGAGUCCCAACAAUGUGGAGAACAGUGUGGCCCUGUAAUGAGUCAGGGCUGUAUUUAUUAGGCCCCAAAUGGAAGGAAAAACACUGAUACAGGGAGACUACCUUGUUUUCCGUUGAAACAUGUUUUAAAGCAUUUAUCUUAUGGUACGACCUAGGAAGUUUACUCAACUGCGGUUCAGCCCACUUUUUCUUAUUUUUAAUAGCACCAUAGCCACAUAACCAGAGCU